AUGAUGACAACGGUGGCCGCCGAGUUCGACCACAUGGAGCUGCAGCAGCAUUACAGCAGCAAUGACACAGUCAACAAUCGCUGGGAUGACGACUGGGAUAAUGAAAACAGCUCAGCCCGUCUCUUUGAACGCUCUCGCAUCAAGGCGUUGGCAGGUGAGAGCCCUGCCUCCUUUUAGAUACCACCUGACCUGACCUAUGUGACAGUUAGCCAAGUCUGGAGACAGAUAACCCAGACUUAGUUUAAGUUUAGGCUAACAUACUCAUCAAACUCCCCAGGAAACGUUUGCAGUUUUUCAUUUGUAUUUAACCUUUAUUGAAGCAGACAGUAAUCUACCGUCACCAAGAUACUGUACAUGGCAUAAAGGUGACCCGAUAAUGAGGUCAAGUGUUCAUAAACAUUGCACUACGGAGACAUUUCACUGACAGCAAGCUUUGAAAACAGUGAUAUCAGACACUCCUACACUAUAAAAAACACACUGACUAAACGACAGUAACACUGCAGACUUCCCAUGAUGCAUCACUCUCUGUUUCAACACUGCAAUGAUUGUUCUGAGCUCAAGAUUAAGUUGUGGGGAUCAGACUCAACACAAGAGGGCAGCAGAGUGUCAUCUGAGCUCUGCUGAGGAAGCAAACAUCAGCCUGAAGCCCUUCAUUUUAACUAUCACAUGACCUGACACAUACAGUAUAACAUUACUUUCUGUGGUGGAAUGCUCUCUCUAGCUGUCAAUAAAAUGUCUGCAGAGAGCAGGAUCUCCUCAAACUGCAUUCCUAUGACAUUGUAAUGCACCAAACCUGUAAGAACUGUGUCAAAUCUUGAUAUAGACAUAUUUCAUUUAAAUCAUUUAAAGUAAAAAUUUAACUUAAACAACAUAUCAAAUGUUAAAGAGAGAAAAAUGUAUUGUCUCAUUACAAAUAUCUGCUCAUUUUAAAUUUGAUACCAGCAAGAUGAUGGUAAAGAUUUUUCAGAGGAACAACCAAGCAGGUAAAAAGUUCUUAAAAGAACAACCAAACAGGUAAAAAGUUAUGUAAUGCUAACAGCUGGAGGAACAUCUCCAACGAAUGAGGUUGAUAUCCAACAGGUUAGUAACAUGACUAGGAAUAAAAAGGACAAUCAGAGAGGCUGAGUCUCUCAGAGGGAAAGAUGGGAAGAGGUUCACCACUCUGCGAGAGACUGCAUGAGCUAAUAGCUCAACAGUUUUUGAAUCAUGUUCCUGAGUGUCAAAUGUGAAAAACUGAUUAGAUUUCAUUUUCUACAGUACAUAAUAUCACACAAAGAUUCAGACAAUCUGGAAUCUUUGUUCAAAAGGGACAAGGACCAAAACUGAAGAUCCUUAGGCCUCAGGCAGCACUUUAUUAAAAAAUGACAGGACUCUGUAGAGGAAAUCACUGCAUGGCUCAAAACCCCCUCCAAGAAAACCUGUCAGAAAGGUUUGCUUCUGCAACACAACUGGACCUGAGCCCAUUUGAGAUGGACUGGAAAGCUGUCCUGUAGUCUGACAUUACUUUAAAUGGAUAAACAAUGGAUUUUGGAUUUUGGAUUGAGACUGUGUGUGUGUGUGUGUGCGUGCGUGCGUACGUGCGUGCGUUCGUGUGUGCACAGGAUGUUUGUUUCAUACUUCCUGUCCUUCAGUCAGGAAUGUGGAGGAACAAUGAAGGGAAAUCCCACACCCCCAUUUCACACCCCCCUGAUAACAUCAUUGACAAGCUUUAAUGCUAUUGGCUGACUGUUAAAGCUGUGCUUCUCUAAAAACACAUUAAGACACUCUAUACACUGUAAAAAAAAAAAAAAAACAACUCAAUGCAUUCAUUUAAUCACUAAAUCAGGAAACUGAAAAAAAUUAUGUCAUUCAGCUCAAGAGGACUAAAAUCUGAUUGCAUAUAACUGCAAAAAAAUGAUUUUCAAGUUUUUAAUUCCAGUUAACUACUCAAACUCCAAGAUCAGUUUGGAUUUAAAAGUUUAUGCAAAAGAUUACAAAUGAAAAGUCUGUCUAUUUACAAAAGAUGAUUUCCCCUUUAUUUUGUUUAAAAAUAAAAACAAAAAUGGCUCCUAACUUUUAUCCAUAACCACAAAAUGUUUCUCUUUAAACAUUAAAACUCUCAAAGUAAAUUAUCUUUGUUACUUUGUGAGAUGUUCAAGUGCUUGCCUGAAGCUGGGAAUUUUGAACUUAAGAUUCACACGUCAUAUUUGCACAAUGUAACAACCCCCCCCCCAACCCCACCCCACCCCCAUUUGCAGUGUGUUUGUGUGAGUUUGUUUGUGUGUGAGUGUUCUGGAGGCAAACGGAGAACAAUCAGUGCGAGCAGGAAAACUCGGCAGAAGAAGAAUGAUUGGAGUGUAGGGCAGGGCAGGAUACACACACACACACACACACACACACACACACACACACACACACACACACACACACAACACACACUCAACACACACUCAUCCUGCAAGCGUCACUUUGACCCCUGGACUUUCUUUCUCUCUCACCUCCUGGCACACGCGGUCGUCUCUGGGAGUUAAUUUGUGGUUUUCAACUCGUCCGCAGUCAGAGAGUGCUGUCAGGAUUUAUUUGUUAGAUCUGAACUUAAUUUUGAAAAAGUUUGCUCUCCCAGUUUUUAUCUUAUUUUGGACUUUUAAAAAUACUUUUGGCCGUGUAGCUCCUCUCUGGUCAGCGUGGCCUCUCCUGGUGUUUCCUGCUCCUGUUCCUGCUCAUGGAUUAAAAAGUGAAACUAUGACUUGGAUGUUUUCUGCUCAGCCCGCCAUCUCUGAGCUCUGCGUUGGUUGAUCUUCAGGCUUUUCUACCUGUCAGUCUUUGCCUUCCUCUGAGCUUUGGUUAUCUCUGUGGGUGUUGUUGGGGUUAGGACAGGAAUGGAGGAGGAGUGGUUGCCAAUUGACCCAUCUCAGCAGCAGCCAAACUACAACCUGCUGGAGGGUCGAUUCAAACAGCUGCAAGGUAAGGAGAGAAGAAGAAGAGCUGACCUGAGGGGUCAGAGGUCACAGAGGGAGGACAAAGAGCUGACCAGAUGAUUGCAGGAUUUAUUCUGACUCUUAACUAGGUUUAAAUAAGUGAGUGGGUCCAUAGAGGGGAGUGUUUCAUGGGUGGAGUUUGAGAAAAUGAAUGUGUCCUCAUUCUGCGGCAACAGAACAUACAGUCAGGAGUCAGAGAUAACAAAAUUAAAGUCAAAAUAUAAGUAAUAUUACAGUUACUGAAGUAUAACUAAAGCUGCUCUAUAUUCAUAAUUUUUGAACAGGUGACUGGCUGACGGUACAAUUUCUUUUAAAACAAGAGCAGCAACAAAAAAAACCUCAAAUUUGUUACGCCUUGAGAGAAACAACAGCUUUACUCUGGAAACAUCAAAUCUUCACAUAAAAAAAAAAAAAAAGAUCUUACAAUUAAAAUUAUUACUUGGAGUUAUGUGACAUAAUACCUUUAUCCUAAAUUUAUAGUGGUUUUAAAAAUAAAGCAAUGUUGUCCCAAAAACCAUACUUUAUUCCAACAUAUGAUAACUUUAUUUUUAAAGCAAAAUGACUUCUGGAAACACAAUGACUUUUUAUCAUGAAAACAUGGUGACUUUAUUUUGGAAUCAUUAUGACUUUUUAUCACUGAAACGUGAUGACUUUAUUCUGGAUACAUAAGGACUAUUCUGGAUAUAACGACUUUUAUUUAUCAUGGAAACAUGAUUACUUUAUUUUGGAUACACGAUGACUUUGUUCUGGUUUCAUUUUGACUUUUAUACAUGAUGGCUUUAUUCUGGAAACAAAAUAACAUAUACAUAUGAGUCCAAGAUAGAGCCAUGUAAGAAAGCACCUCAUUUUAAAGGCGUGGCGGCUUUUAUUUAGCCAUGGCGGUGCGCCACGUUCAGUUGCAUGAAGGGGACACCCUGCAGUUUUAGAUUCCAAGUAAAGUAAGACUGGACUUGAAAUAGAAUGCACUGAUCACAAUUUUCUGGCCGAUCACCGACCUAUUAAAAAGCUUGACCUGCCGAUACUGAUUUUUUUUUUUUUUUUAGUAACUGACAACAUACACCUUUGAUGCUUCACUUUUAUUGUAAUGAAAAACAUUAACCAAGACUUGUGAAACAAUACAAACUUUGUUUGUUAUAACUGCACAUAAAAUAAUAAUCUACAGGACAAGCUAACAACACAACCCUAACCACCAAUAAACUGUCCUGAGUUUUAGGUUUCUUUGUAGUGAGUUCAAUAUGCUUGGUUGAUCAUGCUCCGGAUGACUGUUUUGUGUGCUGCUAGCGCUGAGGCACGCGUGUGUGUGCACACGUGACCUGGUGGGCGGGUCUGUCAUUUUGGCAAAGCAAAAAGCUACAACGGCUGACUUUUGCUGAGGUAGAUAAGAUCGGUGGAUAAAAUUGGUUUCACAUGCAAGGAUCAGCUGAUCACUGAUCCCCCAAAAUUAAGGAUACUGCUGGCCGAUUUAUCUGUGCAUGUUUAGAAAUUUGUACAGGUCAGAACUUUUUGUUCACAUUUUUAGUUGUGAUCUAGUGCAGUGGGCAGAGCCUAAAAUAAUGAUGUCAACGGUAUCUCUAGGGAUGCCAUUGGCCCGUCUGUGUUUGCCCCAUAAACAGGAGUAAUGAUCCCCGAGUGGACAGCCCGGUUUGUUUCUGAUCUGCAACAAUGCUCCCCCCACUCUCUUCUGCCAUUUUCUGCUUGGUCUGUCGUCCAAAGGCAAAAAUCCCAAUCCAAAUAUAAAUUAUAAAGAAAAAAGGCGUUUCUGUUGGCCAGCCUUGAUCAGAGUGACACAAUGUUAAGAGUGUUUAGUUUCUUAACACAAGAAUUUAGGUAGAAGCACUGUGAUGUUCAGGGGGAAGCACCAUAACUCAGAGGUCUUAGAAAAGGGCGAAACUUUAUGAUCCUUUCAGUGAAGUUUGUCAAGCUGGAUCCAUCCACUAAUACUUCCUGUUUCCUUACUAAAAAGAGCUGGAGAGAAGCAUGUUUUUGAUUUAGGACGAUGGCACUUCUGGUCAGAAAGUAGUAAAAGCAAUGACGCAUUUUACUAUGUCAUUUUAUUGUGGUGGGGAAGUCUGGAAUUGGAGAAGGGAAAACUUAACUAUUUCAACACCACCAGAUAUUUGGUGUUCAGUGAGGCUGAAGGAGAUGAUGAGCUGGGUUGUUUUUCAGGAAGAUGAUGAGUUAUGAUCGCUGACGGACGUAUGGGCUGAGACUUUUACUGCUUCAUGUUUCUGAGGAUGUCACAAACAUGUAAUAUUGUCAUGGAAACCAGAACGGAAUCACUCUGUGUGUUUAAGUCACCCUGCAGGAAUGCGACCCCGCCUGUUUUUGAUUGGUUGAUACAAAGUGAAGACAUCAUGCUGCUGCUUUUAAAGUGGACUUCCUGUGACUGAUGAUGAAUGGGUUUUUCUUUCAGUCAGCCUGGACGCCUGAUGACACGUGACCACAGGCUGACCAAUCAGAAGAGAGCAGGAGUUGAUGCAGAGCAACAGAGGAGACAGUCUCAGGUUUAGUUUUGAGGUUCAGCAGGUGUGAGAAAGAGCUUUUAUUUUAUAGGACUCAAGGUGAGCUUCCAGGACUUAGUUCUGGAGGAUGUUGUGGUUACUGACCUUUGACCAUGGUGCCUUGAAGAUAAAUUCUGCAGAAUUUAUAGCUUAACAUGGUGACAGUGAAGGCAUCAUGAGCUGCUAAUGAAUGAAUCAACUAGGAGAAGAAAAAAACUCACUCAGCUCAUUCAGCUUCACCUCUUUCUGAAGGUCAUUUCAGGGGAAAAGGAGCAGGGAAUUUAAACGCCUCUAUCCCAUCUCACUUCUGACCUUUGAGACUGACAAGCAAACAUCCUGGGAUUGAGGGGUUUUAGUUUCUGUACUCUUCUGUUUGAAAGUGGCGAGACUGGUCUCUGUUUUGACUCAAAAGAAAGGGAGAGUUUGAUCCUGGUAUUAAAAUACAGGUUCAGUUUUAGCCUUCUCACCAGCUAUAUUCAGCAGCUUCUGACCUGCUGUAUGCUAUAUGUGCAAGAUUUAUCAAGUAAAAACACAAAGAUAUCUGUACUGAGGAACAAACUCAAUCUGUGGGACCUGUGAAGUGUAGAUUAAAGGCAUAUCUGAGAACUCAGAUUUUGCUUUUAAAAAACAGCAUGAAUUUUUUUUAUCUGCAUUUAGAACAAGUCUUAGAGUAGCUGCUACCUAGGUAUUAGCUAAGGGGAUCCAAAUAAAUAAACAAAUACUCAUCAAAAGUUUGUUGACUAGUGUAAAAUACAAGCUGUAACUUAGAUUUACUGUAGCUUUGUCUGAAGUAGGUGCAGAGCAGUAUAUCACAGCAUCAUCUGCAUAACAAUGAAAGGUUACAUCAGCCAUGUUUUGAUUUAAAUCAUUAAUGCAAAGGGUAAAAAGCAGUGGUCUGGACAGCAACACUUGGGGAACUCCUUUAUGCCACUGCAAGAGAGCUAGAGGUGCAGCCUAAUACCUGUACACACUUGAGUCCUGUCUGUCAGGUGUCAAACUAAUUGACUGCUGAGAAGGACCUACUCUGACCAGUCUUUUAGGCUAGAUCAGUUGAUGACAGAUACAGCCUCUGAUUGAGCCACAGACCAAAACAAAGAUGUCAGCUCUGUCCAGCAUAGCUAACAACAGAGCUGACAUUGAUUCACUCAAGUUACUCUAUAAAUCCUCCCAGAUUACCUUUGUUUUUUUAAAGAUGUUGGAUUGGACUGUGUUCCAAAUGCUCAGUUUUUCUAUGUGGGAUAGAAAAACUGCUGCUGGUACCACAGAAACACUCAGUUUAGAGCAAUUGUUCCUGAUUGAUCAGCGAUUUGGACAUAAAAAGAAGUUACCAAAAGUUACAUGAAGUGCUUUUCAUGUUGAUUAUGUUGAUCAGCUCUUCCUCCUUUCCUUUCAGAUUCAUCGAUAUGACAUAAAAAAAUGAUAGUUUGAUUGAAGUGAUAGUUUCCGGUGAUAUGUCUUUAAAUGAAUGGCUUUCAUGCUGAUAGCUUGUUUUCAAGAGAGUUGUGACCUUAAAUAUGAUUUUCUCCCCUUCUUACAUAAUAGAUGUUCCAGUGUAUCCCGUGCUAAAUGAGGUUAAAACAAACAAAGCAAUGAAGUUCCUUUCCAUACCAUUGAAAGGAUUCAUGCAGCCCUGAUCAUGGUGGACACUAGUAGACCUCUGGGUUGUGAACUCCAGUGCUAUUAUUAAAUAUAUAAUAAACUCCCUGUGUUUCUCUUUCUGUGUGUGUGUUUAGAUGAGCGCGAAGCGGUGCAGAAGAAGACCUUCACUAAGUGGGUUAACUCUCACCUGUCCAGAGUGUCCUGCAGGAUCACAGACCUGUACAUGGAUCUGAGAGAUGGACGCAUGCUAAUCAAGCUGCUUGAGGUCCUAUCAGGAGAGAGACUGGUACUACAACAUACAGAAUACACACACACACACACACACAGACAAACAACCCAAUUAACCCUAACCCUUUCAGGUGUAGAGCGGAGAGCAGGGGGAAAAGCAGGAGGAGGCAGGCGUGUGCAUCUGUGUGUGUCUGAAAAGCCAGGGGACAGGAUAAGCAGAGAGGCUGUGGUGAUCCCAAGCUCAUGACAUCAUUCUGAAUCAUAAUAAAAUAUAAGUUUAAGUCUUGACCUAUGAAAGAAAUUUAUAUCAAAGCUUGCAAUAGCUGAUUGUAAGGUACGCAGCCUGGGUGAUUUAAAAAAAAAAAAACAAUAUCAAUUUUAAAUCAAAAUGAUUGUAAUUAUGCAUAUUGUCGUAAUUGGGCAGCCCUACUUCAAACUGGCAACCCUCACACUUCCUGAGGGACUGCAUUUAACUGCAGGACUUCCCCAAAAUGAAUGUGAGAAUAAUCAAGGAGAAAGAUGAAAAAAAUGAAAAAAACACGGCACCACCAGCUUGGCUUAAGUACUUAUAUAUCGUUAGCGAAUGCUAAGCGUAGCAGGUGUUUACAUAAAGAAUGAAAGGGGGUCAGUUAUCUCUUGAGAUAGUAGUGCAGCACACAGAGACUGGUCAGAGUAUCAGAGGACGAGGACUGACUCUGUCCACUUCUCUGAGUCUGUGUGUGUUGUGUGUGUGUGUGUGUGUGUGUGUGUGUGUGUGUGUGUGUGUGUGUGUGUGUGUGUGUGUGUGUGUGUGUGUGUGUGUAAAGAGAGAGGAGAGAGAGCGAGCUGCUCCAGGUGUGUCCCUACUUCCUGUUUUCCUCUCCAAACAUAGAAUCAGAUUGAACUGGUGGACUCUCUGACCUGAUACCCACACACACAAUAACACACACACCAGAUAAGGGAUGUGUGUGUGUGCUGUGGCUAGAGACCAAGGACUUUCUGCUGAUCUCUCUCUUCCUGUGCUGCAUUCAGGGGCAGAAGGCAGUUGUUUUUUCUUACAUCCUGUUAAAACCACAGCGUGUUUUCACUCUCUCUUUUAGUUUCUGGGUCUUUUAUUGUGAAAUUUUUCCAUCAGACCCUUUGUAUUUCCUCCUGAUUCUACAGAGUCUGAUUGUCUUGCAGCAGAGGCCCUUAGAAUUUAAGACACCCCUACCCGAAUUAGAACCAACUACAACCAUGUUUUUUUUCUUUAGCGGGUCACCCAUUAAUAAAAUGGAUUGUUGUGAAAUUGUAUUUUUUCUAUGAAUGAAUAACAGGACUUUAUGCUGCACCUGCCACACUUAGCAAUGUGUGAGUGUGAUUGACUAUGGUACUCCCAAAACACAACAAUGGAUAUUCAGGGAGGGUUAAGCCAUGCCAAUUCAGAAGGAAUUUGACUUCAAAACCUUUUUAUUUGGUAAAUAUCAAAAAGUAAAGUGUUGUGCCACAAUGAAAAUAAUGUUUAAUGACUCCAGAGAAGGUGUACGUCUAAAGAAGUCUAAUUUGCAAUAAGCUGUAAUAGUUGUCUCCACACAACUACUGUUUUUUGUUUAAAUGCAGGAACAGCUUAUUUGACAUAAAUGUAUGCUUAUUUUGGUAAAUCAGGAAAGGUAAAGGAGUCCUCACCACAAAAGUACAAUUUCUGCCUAAACUGAAAGUAUGUUUAAAGGACUGUAUUUCAGUAUUUAUAUAGGUAAAUUACAUUCUGACUGUUUGGUGAUGUAAUAAUAAUAAUAAUGCAUCAGAUUUCAUGUAGCACUUUAUCAGAGACCCUCAAAGCGCUUUACAUUGGAUACAUCAUUCAUUCGCUCACACAGUCACACUUUGGUGGUGGUAAACUACCUUAGUAGUCACAGCUGCCCUGGGGCAGACUGACGGAAACGGAUGUAAGCUAGACACCUAGUUCAUACCUUAGCAAAUUUGAUGAAGAAAAGAGUGAGCAUUGUCAAGUCAUAGGCUUUUUUGGAUGUUUGAAGAACUGUAGCAUCAUGGCCAUCCUCUGACUACCUCUCUCUUGUUUCUUCUUCUGUUUUUAUUCCUGCGUCCAGCCGAAGCCCACCAAAGGCCGGAUGCGUAUCCACUGUCUUGAGAACGUAGACAAAGCUCUACAGUUCCUGAAGGAGCAGAGGGUUCACCUGGAGAACAUGGGAUCACAUGACAUUGUGGAUGGGAACCACAGGCUGACUCUGGGCCUUAUCUGGACCAUCAUCCUCCGCUUCCAGGUAACAAACAAACAAACACACACACACACACACACACACACACACACACACACACACACACACAAUACAAUACAAUACAAUACAAUACAACUGUGGUGUGAUUUUGUCUCCAGAUUCAGGACAUCAGUGUAGAGACUGAAGACAACAAAGAGAAGAGAUCAGCUAAAGACGCUCUGCUGCUGUGGUGUCAGAUGAAGACAGCAGGGUGAGACUCCUCAAACACUCCUAUAGAGACCCAGACUGCUGCAAGGUGUUUUUUUGCAGACUAAAAUACUGGAGAUGAAGGCUACUAAGGUCGCCCUCUAAUGGACAUGGGAGAGAGCAAACUAUCUCAUGUAGUCUAGUUUAACUUAAUCUUAAUGAUAUCCGAGAUUAAACCAGGUGUUUAUGUCCUCAGGUAUCCCAACGUGAACAUCCACAACUUUACGACCAGCUGGAGAGACGGGAUGGCCUUCAACGCCCUCAUACACAAACACAGGUAACACCUCCAUCUACAGAUACCUGAGGACAACUACAUCCUAAUCCCAGGUUUAUCUAAUUUGGUGAUCAUUUUAACACCACAUCCUUUUCAGAUUAUAAAUAUUGAUGGUUUGUUGUUUCAUAAUCCCAGAUUUUCUUAUUGCUGCUCUUUAUUAAUACCGGCACUGUAAGGAUUUAUAAAGGUAGUAAACAAUUAAGAGAUAUCACAUAUCUGAUAUGCUAUCAUAAAUGUCAAUUUUUAUCAUGGCACCAUUCAACUUUAAUCACCGUCUGUUUGUUGAUGUCUGUGUAAAGAAAGAUUUGAAUUCGAUUUUCAGACCUGACCUGAUUGACUUUGACAAACUGAAGAAGUCCAAUGCUCACUACAACCUGCAGAACGCUUUCAACCUGGCGGAGCAACACCUAGGCCUUACAAAACUGUUGGAUCCUGAGGGUGAGAGCUGGAUCAGUUUAACCUGAACUUCAGGUUGAUUUAACCUAAACCUCAUGCUAACUAAACUUCAACUUCAGAUUUAAAUGAUCUGAUCUGAAUGCUGAUUAAUCCUGACAUCAACAUCAGAGAACUUUAGAUUAACUUUAACCUUACCUUGAUUCUGAGAAACAGGCAUCAGGAUCAAUUAUAGCUGAAUCUAGAGAACCAAACCUGAUCUUAACAUCAACUAAACCUGGCAUCAAGAUUGAUUAAAACUGAUUUUAGAGCCAAGUCUGGCAUCCUGAUCACCAAAACCUAAUUUUAACAUGAAUUUUUCCUGACAAGAUCAACUAACCCUGACCUAAACCUUGACUUGACCUGUACUCAAGCUGAGUAAACCUGACUUAAACAAUGACUUAACUUGCAUUUCAGAUCAACUUAACUUGAACUGAGGAUGAUCAGACCUAACAGUGACACCAACUAAACCUGACAGUGGGAUCAACCAAACCUAGUCCUAAAAUUGACUUGACCUGACCUCAAGAUUAAUUAAACCUUAACUCAAGAUCAAGUUAACCCAGCCCAAAGGUAAACUAAACCUUAUUUCAGCACUCACUGAACAUCAGACACCCCCCCCCCCCAAUACACAUUAGGCUGCUCAAUCUGGGUUUACUAUGAGACAAGCUCAACUAAAAGCUCACUCAAAAUCAAGAGAUCAAAGAAACCUGACCUGGUGAUCAACCAGAUUUCACUUGAAGAUAAAUUGAACAUCACCUUCAUUGGAGGAUUCAUUGUGUCUUUCAGAUUUAAAAACCCGUUAUCUAAGAAUCACUAAACCUGACACCAAUAUCAAUGAAAUGUGAUAUAAAUAUUUUCUUAACCAAGCCUUGAGAUCACGUGAGCCCGAUUUGAUCAACCUAAACUAGCCUAAAGACCAGUUCAACCCAAACCUCAGAUUAUUUCACCCCAACUCAACAUACUGACCUAGAGGUCAACAAACCUGGCUUUUCUUCUCAAGAUUGACUGAUGGGCACCUAAAGAUAAUCUUAAUAAACCCAACACAUUGAAACAGGAUUGAAGAGGGAAAAUAGACUGACUUAAUAUCUUAAUUCAUCAAGUAAACCUUAUACAGUGCACCCGGAAAGUAUUCAUAUCACUUCAUUUUUUCCACAUUUUGUUAUGUUACAGCCUUAUUCCAAAAUGUAUUAAAUUCCUUUUUUCCCUCAAAAAUUAUACACAAAAUACCCCAUAAUGACAAAGCGAAAAACUUUUUUUAGAACAUUUUGAAAAUUUAUUAAAAAUAAGACACCCAAAUGUUGCAUAUACCUAAGUAUUCACACCCUUUGCUAUAAAUCUCAAAAUUGAGCUCAGGUGCAUCCUGUUUCCACUGAUCAGCCUUGAAAUGUUCCUCCAACUUGAUUGCAGUCCACCUGUGGCAAAUUCAGCUGAUUGGACUGAAUGGAAAUGAUGAUUUGGAUGAAAUUGGAUGAUUUGGAAAGCCACACCUGUCUAUAUAAGAUCCCACAGCUGACAGAGCAUGUCAGAGCACAAACCAAGCUAUGAAGUCGAAAGAAUUGUCUGUAGACCUCCGAAACAGGGUUGUAUCGGCGCACAGAUCUGGGGAAGGUUACAGAAAAAUAUUUGCUGCAUUGAAGAUCCCAAAAAGCACAGUGGUCUCCAUCAUUAAGAAAUGGAAGACGUUUGGAACCACCAGGACUCUUCCUAGAGCUGGCCACCCAGCUAAAAUGAGGUCGUGAGGAAGAAGGGCCUUGGUCAGGGAGGUGACCAAGAACCUGAUGGUCACUCUGACAGAGCUCCAGCGUUCCUCUGAGGAGAUGGGAGAACCCUACAGAAGGACCACCAUCUCUGCAGCACUCCACUAGUCAGGCAUUUAUGGUAGAGUGGCCAGACAGAAGCCACUCCUCAGUAAAAAGCACAUGACAGCCCGCUUGGACUUUGCUAAAAGGCACCUGAAGGACUCACAGACCAGGAGAAACAAAAUGAUCUGGUCUGAUGAAACGGAGAUCGAACUCUUUGGCCUGAAUGCCAAUCGUCAUGUCUGGUGGAAACCAGGCACCGCUCACCACCUCGCCAAUACCAUCCAUACAGUGAAGCAUGGUGGUGGCAGCAUCAUGCUGUGGGUAUGUUUUUCAGCGGCAGGAACUGGGAGACUUGUCAGGAUCGAGGGAAAAAUGAAUGCAUCUUCCAGCAUGACAAUGACCCUAAGCACACGGCCAAGAAGACAAAGGAGUGGCUUCAGGACAAGUCUCUGAAUGUCCUUGAGUGGCCCAGCCAGAGCCCAGACUUGAACCCGAUUGAACAUCUUUGGAAAAACCUGAAAGUAGCUGUGCACCGAUGCUGCCCAUCCAACCUCACUGAGCUUGAGAGGAUGUGCAAGGAAGAAUGGGAAAAGCUCCCCAAAUCCAGGUGUGCAAAGCUUUUUGCAUCAUACACAAGAAGACUAGAGGCUGUAAUCGCUGCCAAAGGUGCUUCGACCAAGUAUUGGGUAAAGGGUGUGAAUACUGAUGUAUAUGCAACAUUUGAGUGUUCUCAUUUUUAAUAAAUUUGCAAAAUGUUCUAAAAAAGUUUUUCGCUUUGUCAUCAUGGGGUACUUUGUGUAGAAUUUUUUAGGGAAAAAAAGAAUUUAAUCCAUUUGGAAUAAGGCUGUAACAUAACAAAAUGUGAAAAAAGUGAAGUGGUAUGAAUACUUUCCGGAUGCACUGUAUAUACAUGAAGUUAAGUGGACAUUUAUACCAAGGUUACCUGACAUUUAGAUGAUAAACCUGUAAGUGAAAUCAAGUUUUACCUGAUGUAAAUAUUUAGUAAAGACAGGCCUGACCUCAGGACUAGAUAAAACUGAACUCAGAAUAAAAUAAACCUGAAAUUUAUCAAGGAUCAGGUUAACCAACAUGAGGAUCUGGUUAACUUGUCACUUAGAUUGAGUGAAAAUGAAGUUGAGGUAAAAUAAACCUGAACAACAACAAAAAACUCAAGCUCAUGUUAACCUGAUGUUAAGAAAAAAAGUGACAUUAAGAUCCAGUUAACCUGGUGAAAAGAAAGAAGUACUUAUCCUGACAUUAGGAUGAACCAAACCAGACAUCAAACCUGCUUAGCUGACUCUUCAUUAUAAUUUGUAUUCACUCUUGUGAAUGAUUUGACCAAGAAUCUUGAAAUGAAACAUGUUAAUAUUUUUGUCUAAGCUGUUAAAACUGUCUUUAAAACAAGAAAUUAAAACAUUAAACCAAUCUUUGCUGAAAACUGUAUUAAAUGGAAGCUGGUCAAGAGAAAUGUGAAACCUUAAAGAUGAGUUCAGAUGUGCUGUAAUUAUCUUUUUAACUUGAUUCCUUGUGUUUCAGAUAUCAGCGUGGACCAUCCUGAUGAGAAGUCAGUUAUCACCUACGUAGUGACCUAUUAUCACUACUUCUCCAAGAUGAAGGCUCUGAAGGUGGAGGGGAAAAGAAUCGGAAAGGUCAGAAAAUUUCAAAAACUUCAUCUUAAGUUAAAAAGCAGAUGUUUAAAGUGACUGUUCAGCUGUAAUUAAGUCCAAAUAAGCAUUAAUAUGCAUCAGUAUGAGAGAUAUCUUAAACUCAACUCAACUCAACUCAAACUUUAUUUAUAGAGCACUUUAAAAACAACCGAAGCUGACCAAAGUGCUGUACAGGUCAAUAAGACACAGCGAAAUACAUAAAAGCUACACAUACGACUGCAGUCCAAACAGAACUCCAGCAGCUCUUUAUCAUGAAGACGUCAUCCAACGUCUCUGUUUUUGUGUCCAGGUGUUGGACAAUGCCAUUGAGACAGAGAAAAUGAUUGAGAAGUACGAGUCUCUGGCCUCAGACCUGCUGGAGUGGAUCGAACAGACCAUCAUUAUCCUCAACAACAGGAAGUUCGCCAACUCUCUACUGGGAGUGCAGCAACAGCUCCAGGCCUUCAACACCUACAGGACCGUGGAGAAACCUCCAAAGUGAGGACCUGAAGCAUCAGCAGCAGCAUGUUUCAGCCAUUGUGUUUGUUUUGGAGUUUUGCACAUGCUCUUGACGUUGUGUUGUUUCUGCAUUUGAAGCACAUUUCUCUCGAUCAAACGCAUUCAGACCUGAUUAUUGGCCCUUGUUGGCCACUAUACAGGGGCGAGGGUAGAGCAAAAAAAAGGAGGCAGAAUAUUUUCCCAGAAAGUGUAUCUGCCCUGCAGGCUCCCUUACUGGGCAGACAUCAAUAGCAUGUCAGCCUCUCUGUGCAGGAGGUCUAUGUCAUUGAUCACCUGAACCUCCUGAUGAUAAAUACCAGAGACACACCAAACUGCCUCCACUGAUCAUUUCAAAGCAAAAACCAUCUAAUACUCUAUACAUAGGUUAAUACCAAUUUUUUGUGUCUUACUUUGACAAAUCUUAGACAGAGCCUGUUAAAGCCAUUGGUACAGGGAUUCUCCUUGUCUUGGACCAGAUGCACCCCAGCAGAGCAGGAAGCCUGGAUGUUCUGGUUUAUGUCAGAGACAAUUUUUAUGACCUACUGAAGCUAUUUUCAAUAAUUUUGGUUUUUGGGAGCUUUUGGAGCUCACAGACUAAUGCAAAACUUCAUCUUUCCUAGUGUUUAUUCCACACCUCCUCGUCUCAUAUCUUCCUUUAGACUUCCUCUUCUCCUCCUGAAUCUGUUGUAAAUCUGUCCCCUUUCUUCAGGUUCACAGAGAAAGGAAACUUGGAGGUUCUCCUCUUCACCAUCCAGAGUAAAAUGAGAGCCAACAAUCAGAAGGUGUACAUGCCCAGAGAGGGAAAACUCAUCUCAGAUAUCAACAAGGUGAGAGCUGCUGUCAGACAUCACCUAGCAAGAUAGUUUUCUUACUCUGUCGUGGUCUACCUCAGCUCACCUUCAGCUCACCUGUGCUCUCUAAACUGGCUUAUAAUGGUGUCAUAUAACCAACAGUCUUAAUGGACUAAAUAUUCUGUUUGUUAGGGUUGAUAAGUUCUCCAAUAAACAAAUCUCUUGUUAGGUAUUUUAUGUCUUUCUAAUGUGGUGUUGGUCUGUAGGCCUGGGAAAGACUGGAAAAGGCAGAGCAUGAGAGGGAGCUGGCUCUAAGGACAGAACUGAUUCGUCAGGAGAAACUGGAACAGCUGGCCAGACGCUUCGAUCGUAAGGCAGCAAUGAGAGAGACGUGGCUGAGUGAGAACCAGAGACUGGUGUCACAGGUAGAAAAGAAGCUUGCAGCCUCUCUUUAUGUACUCAUUGUUCCUGUUUUAUUGUGACUACAUCAUAAUCACAUGACUGUUCUGUCAUCCUCUGCCUUCCAGGAUAACUUUGGAUUUGACCUGCAGGCUGUUGAAGCAGCCACCAAGAAACAUGAGGCAAUAGAGACAGACAUUGCAGCAUAUGAGGAGCGUGUCCAGGCAGUGGUCGCCGUGGCAAAGGAGCUUGAUGUUGAACAUUAUCACGACAUCAAACGCAUCACAGCCAGAAAGGACAAUGUGAUCCGGCUUUGGGAAUAUCUGCUAGAACUGCUGAAGGCCCGUAGGCAAAGGCUGGAGAUGAAUCUGGGCCUGCAGAGGGUCUUCCAGGAGAUGCUGUACAUCAUGGACUGGAUGGAUGAGAUGAAGGUACCCAUGAGAUUGCUGUUGGGUUUAAUUCCUGAACAGAUGAGGGUCCAGAAAGUGUUGUGGUCCAUGCUAACUGUUGAUAUUUUAUAUUGCAGAUGUUGCUGCUGUCUCAGGAUUAUGGGAAACAUCUGUUAGGGGUGGAGGACUUGCUGCAGAAACAUGCCCUGGUGGAGGCUGAUAUUGCUAUCCAGGCAGACAGAGUGAAGGCCGUCUCCACCAAUGCCAACAAGUACUCUGUCAACGAUGAUGGUGAGCAGCAUGGUUUUCCUGUUUGAGUUUCUGAAUGUGUUCUGCAGUCAGGACUUCAAGAUCCUAUUUGGCCAGAAGCCAGACCACCUAUCAGAUCAUGACUGAGUUUACCUGUUAAUGUUUUGUUAAGCAAACCAAAACUGUUCAUUUCUGAUAAAACUGUUCUCCUGUCUAGGCUAUAAGCCCUGUGACCCACAAGUCAUUCAGGACCGGGUCUCCCACCUGGACUUCUGCUACCAGGAGCUGACCCAGCUGGCAGCUGAGCGCCGCGCCCGCCUUGAGGAGUCCCGUCGUCUCUGGAAGUUCUUCUGGGAGAUGGCUGAAGAAGAGGGCUGGAUCCGUGAAAAAGAACAGAUCCUGUCCUCUGUUGAGCACGGCAAGGACCUGACAGGAGCGUUGCGCCUACUCAGUCAGCAGCGCGCCCUAGAGGAUGAGAUGAGUGGCCGUGCAGGACACCUCCAGCACUCUAUCGCCGAGGGCCAGGCCAUGGUGAAGGCUGGACACUUUGCUGCUGCAAAGAUCCAGGAUCGCAUCAGUGACCUGGAGGCCCAGUGGACGGCACUGGAGCAGCUGGCAGCUGUGAGGAAGAAGAGGCUGGAGGAAGCCCUGGCUCUACACCAGUUCCAGGCCGACGCGGAUGAUGUGGAUGCCUGGACACUUGACGCCCUGAGGAUCGUCUCUAGUGGUGAGACAGGACAUGACGAGUUCUCCACCCAGGCUCUGGUCAGGAAGCACAAAGACGCAGCAGCAGAGGUGGAAAGUUACCGACCAGUCAUCGACUCCCUGCAUGAGCAGGCCGCCUCCUUGCCCAAAGAGGAGGUGGAGUCUGAGGAGGUGCGUGGUCGGCUGGCUGGUAUUGAGGAGCGCUACAAGGAGGUGUCAGAGCUGACAAAACUGAGGAAGCAGGCACUGCAGGAUGCUCUGGCACUCUACAAGAUGUUCAGCGAGGCCAAUGCCUGUGAGGUGUGGAUCGACGAGAAGGAGCAGUGGCUGAACAGCAUGGAGAUCCCUGAGAAACUGGAAGACCUGGAAGUCAUCCAGCACAGGUAAGACGACUCCAUGCUGUACACCAUUGGGAGACUGUCUGUCUCUGUCCAUCAGCACUAUGCUAAUGUGGAGGUUGUCCAAUUAGGUUUGAGAGUCUGGAGCCGGAGAUGAACAGCCAGGCGUCACGUGUUGCUGUGGUGAACCAGAUCGCACGGCAGCUGAUGCACAAUGGUCAUCCCAGUGAGAAGGACAUCAAGAGCCAGCACAAUGGUCAUCCCAGUGAGAAGGACAUCAAGAGCCAGCAGGACAAGCUAAACAACAGGUAAGCAGAUGCUAAAAACCUACCUGAAGACAGCAUGAAUCGUGAAAGUUCUUCCUCUGUACUUUGAUGAUCCUCUUUUCUGCAUCUAGGUGGAGCCAGUUCCGUGACCUGGUAGAUCAGAAGAAGGAGUCUCUAAACUCAGCUCUGGGUGUGCAGAACUACCACCUAGACUGCAAUGAGACCAAAUCCUGGAUCAAAGAGAAGACCAAAGUCAUCGAGUCUACCCAGGAGCUCGGUAAUGACCUCACUGGAGUCCUAGCCCUGCAGCGCAAACUGACCGGUAUGGAACGUGACCUGGCUGCCAUUGAAGACAAACUGGGUGAUCUACGGGGUGAGGCUGAGCGGCUGGCAGAGGAGCAUCCAGACCAGGCCAAGGCUAUCACAGGCCGGCUGGCUGAAAUCAGCGCGGUCUGGGAGGAGAUGAAGAACACUCUAAAAAACCGUGAAGAAUCCCUUGGUGAGGCAAGGAAGCUACAGCAGUUCCUGCGUGAAUUGGAUGACUUCCAGUCUUGGCUGUCCCGCACACAGACUGCCAUUGCUUCUGAGGACAUGCCCAACACAUUGGCUGAGGCUGAGAAGCUCAUGGCCCAGCAUGAAGGCAUCAAGAACGAGAUCCAGAACUAUGAGGAGGACUACCAGAAGAUGCGGGACAUGGGGGAGAUGGUGACACAGGGCCAGACAGAUGCUCAGUACAUGUUCUUGCGUCAGCGGCUGCAGGCACUUGACACUGGCUGGAACGAGUUGCACAAGAUGUGGGAGAACCGGCAGAACCUCCUGUCUCAGUCCCAUGCUUACCAGCUGUUCCUUAGAGACACUAAGCAGGCGGAGGCAUUCCUCAACAACCAGGUAUGCAUGAGACCUUCACCACUGUGCAAGAGAACCUGGAGUUUCACCUGUAACUCCAGGUUCCUUACCCCAUGUCCUUGAACCAGAUCUGGAAGACACCAAUACUCUAACUCCCAAUUUUCACCGCAUCCAGAACAGCUCCGAUCUGGAACGGCGUUGAUUUUUGCCGUCCGCCAAUUCCUACCGGAUCCAUUGGUGAGGCAAAUUUGUGUGGCAGAUUAAGGACAGCGGUUAUCACAAGACCACACAAGAACCUGCAGAUUCAUGUGCAAUCGCACGAUAGCAAAUAGUCUCUAUAAAGACAGCCACAUAACUAUGUAAGCAGUAGAUCGUGUCCUUCCAGAAGAGGAAAUCCACCAUUAGACUUCUAAAAUCAGCAUUAUCACCUUAUCACCUUAUCCAUGGUGUCAUCAUGGUGAAAUGCUGUCUAUAAACCUUUCACUUGUAUAUCUCUGCCUGUUUGCUGGUGUGAAUUACGAUCUUCCUGAAACACAGAGUGUUUUAUUUUGAAAAGAAGCCGGAUGUUUUAUUUUGUGUCCGUGCCCGACUUCCUUUCCAGAACAGGUUCAUCUGUGCUGAAUUUAUCAGGCACGCUCUUGAUAGAAAUAGAGCUGUUGUGAUCAGCUGCAGAGUCCGGCGGUCCACAGCGGAACGGAAAGAAGCCGGUGGAAAUUGACACAUUAACUUGAAUGGUUACAAUCAGCUGCAAUCGGUGGAUACGGCCUUUUCAUAGCCGUUCCGGAUGCAGUGGAAAUUGGGGGUUCCCUGACAGAUCUGUUACUCCCCCUGCCUUGGCUUUUCACAUAAAACAGAGGCAAGGUGUGCUCUCCGCAGUCUUUGGCUCUCUACAAACACAAGAGAGAAGACACGGAUCCCUCCAAAAAGGCUAUACCACCAAAUUUAACUUGAACUGUUGUGGUUCUAACUAAACUUUGAUUCAGUCAACUCAGGAUCAUAACAAUAGUCCUGAUCACUGCCAAACCUUGUUUCUUCACCCUGUAGGAGUAUGUCUUAGCUCACACUGAGAUGCCAACCACUCUGGAGGGUGCCGAGGCUGCCAUCAAGAAGCAGGAGGACUUCAUGACCACCAUGGAUGCCAACGAAGACAAGAUUAAUGGAGUGGUGGAGGCUGGCAGGCGUCUAGCCACUGAUGGGAACAUCAAUGCUGAAAAAAUCCUAGAGAGGGUCACCUCCAUCGACGACAGGUGAGACACACAAUCAGCUACUGUAACCACAGCAAGGAAGGCAGGGUCACGAAUCAUUUGUUUAAGAUGUUAACUAAUUGGCUUCAGAGUCCAUAAGCAGGGACCCCUUCAGCAAAUCAGUGGGCAGUAUUGUGUCAGUGUUGUGGUUUUUUUUGGUAUUUCAGGCACAAGAAGAAUAGGGAGGCUGCAGUGGAGCUGUUGAUGAGACUGAAGGACAACAGAGACCUGCAGAAGUUCCUGCAGGACUGUCAGGAGGUUUGUCUAUCCGUCCACAUAAACACACCUAAACACCUUUACUACAUCAAUUUGGCAUGUUUUUUGGUAUGUUUUUCUAUGGUCGGUGCAUGAAAUCAUACAGAAAUAACUCUCUCUCUCUUUCUUUCUGGGUGUGUCUGUGUUUGCACAUGCAGCUGUCUCUGUGGAUCAAUGAGAAGAUGCUUACAGCUCAGGACAUGUCAUACGAUGAGGCGAGGAACCUGCACAGCAAGUGGCUGAAGCACCAGGCCUUCAUGGCUGAGCUGCAGUCCAACAAAGAAUGGCUGGACAAGAUCCAGAAGGUACAGCAAAACCCUGAACUGGGUCUAAACUUAAUCCAUGUCUUGGGGAAAAAAAGUGUUUAAUUGGAAGUAACUUUUUUGGCUUUUAAUGACACAAGUCAAAGGUGAACUCAGAAUGUCAGCUCAGCAUAUAUUUAUUUUGUGUCUGUGGCCCAAGGUCAUUUAAGUCUUGUGAGCUUAUUCUGCAAAAUCUGAUGCUAUAGAUAUUGUAUUUUGUGUUUUUAAGUUUCAGCUUCGAUAUUGAAUCACAGAUGAUUCAAUAAUCAGCAGUUAGAAAACCUCCUUGAAAACACAUAACAGUUUGUGACAAAACAGCUCUGACAUAUCCGUCAGAGCACAGAGUUUGAGAAAAGUUAAAAAUCCUGUUCCUGUUCCUACAGGACGGCAUGCUGCUGGUAUCUGAGAAGCCUGAGACUGAGGCUGUGGUAAAGGAGAAGCUGUCAGCGCUGCACACCAUGUGGGCAGAGCUAGAGUCAACCACACAGACCAAAGCUCAGUGUCUGUUUGACGCCAACAAGGCAGAGCUGUUCACGCAGAGCUGUGCCGACCUCGACAAGUGGCUUGGAGGUCUUGAGGGUCAGAUCCAGUCCGAUGACUAUGGCAAAGACCUGACCUCUGUCAACAUUCUGCUGAAGAAACAGCAGGUACAGAUGGACCAUCUGCAAACAGUGGGAGGAGUCAGCUGUCAGACUGACAUUAUUUAGUGUUAUAACCACUGCUAUUGUGUGCAGAUGCUGGAGAACCAGGUAGAGGUGCGUCAGAGGGAGGUGGUGGAGCUGCAGACCCAGGUGAAGGCUCUGGGUCAGGAGGUGAAGGAUACAGACGAGGUAGAUGGGCGGAGGCAGGUGGUGGAGAAGAAGUUCCAGGAGCUGCUGGAGCCACUGCGACGCCGCAGGAACUUCCUGGUGGCAUCUAGGGAGGUUCACCAAUUUAACCGUGACGUGGAGGAUGAAAUUGUACGUAAUAUGGGCUCCCAAACAUCCUAAAAAAGUCUUGAACUAGAUUUAGAAAAUGACAUGUCAUAGGUUUUUAAAAAGUUGGGACACGUUUUAAUCUUCUAACAAAUCCGCAUCAUCCAGACCAGAUGGUGUUUGUUUGUUUUACUGUUUUUCUAUUUGGUAUUUGCUUGCCUUUGUGACGAAUACAGCAGAUACAGCGUCUUAUUAAGUGCAUAUACCCAAACCUAUGGCACAAAACAGAAAGGGAGAAGAAAAUGAGAUCAUGCAAGUCCAAGAAAAUUUGUGAUCAGUAUGAAAACAUAAGGAUUAAAAGACCAGCAGGGCAAACACUGAGAGGCUUCCUGCACAAUCCGCCACCCCUCAGCAGAUGUAUUCCCUCAUCAAACAUUUUCCUCAUAAAUUUAUGGUCUUGAUUUCAUAAUGUUCGGUUUAUGGUCCUUUUACAGUCACACAGAGCAGAAAGCAAGAGAGGAAUUAGACACAGGAGACAGGAGACCUGGGAUUGUACAUUUUGAAGCUGGUUUCAGAGUUUUUCUGCGUUUCCAUCCCACAGCUAUGGGUUCAGGAGAGGAUGCCUGUGGCCACUUCUACCGACCAUGGGCACAACCUGCAGACUGUCCAGCUGCUCAUCAAGAAGAACCAGGUGAGAGAACCACAGCAGUGUUUAGGUAACAGGAGGUGUCAGGUGUCACAUCCUGAGUCAUGACAGUGAAAUAACUAAGGAUCACCUAAUUCAUGUUACCUGAUCUCUGCAGUGUCUCUUUAGCUCAUUUCAGCCCCCAGAAACAAUCAGUAAUCACUUUAACCAUGUGACUUGUUGUGACUCCGCCCCCUCAGACACUGCAGAAGGAGAUCCAAGGUCAUCAGCCUCGCAUCGAUGACAUUCAGGAGCGCAGUGCGGGCCUCCUGGGGGAUGAGUCCUUAAGUACAGUGGUGAUCAGGCAGCGUCUGGCCAACUUACAGGAGCUGUGGAGUCAGCUAAAGGAAGAGACGGAGCGCCGCCACAGCCGCCUGGAGGAGGCGCACAAAGCUCAACAGUACUACUUCGAUGCCGCUGAGGCUGAGGCAUGGAUGAGCGAGCAGGAGCUGUACAUGAUGUCAGAGGAAAAGGCCAAGGUACCCACCUGAUGCUGUACUCAGAAAACAAACCCAAGGUGCAUUCUGACCAAAGAAGUACUUUAGUUUGAGCAGCUUUUCGAAAAAGAACUUUGGGUUUCUUGUGUCUCACUGUUACCUAAGCUUAGGCUUGAAGUCCAGUGGGGAUUAGGCAAAUCAGGUCCAUGACAGGAAGAGCAAGUCUAUGACAGUUCUUUGGUACAUGAAGUUAAGGUUGCUAAAAAAAUAUCCCUGGGAAACAUAUUCUUAUCUGAGCCUGUUUAAAGGGAUUUUCCGGUGUAAAUUUCAGUUAUGGUCAAACACACCGUAACACUGAGUUAAACACCCCCUCGAAAGAUGAAUGUUGCCGACCGCUUGCUUCUCUAGUUAUACCAACUUUAGUAACAACCGCAGGAUAGCAAUACACAGUCAUCAACAAACCUUAACCAUAAAGCCACUCUAUAACCACAAAUAAUGCUCAGAACAGCAACUGACUUCAUCAACAGUACAUAUAGGGUCCCACUCAUAGCACUAGCCACCACACAUCUUUUUAACUUAGCCUGAUUUCUUUAGCAAAGAGACUAAACACAACUCACCUACUCUCUUCCAGCAGCUGCUUGUUUGUAGAGAGACCUCAGGCCAGUCCAUUGCGAACUACAGUGGGGUGACGCAGCUCAAGGAUGAACAUUUAUGAUGCUUACUUUUAUCAUUUCCUUGAAGUAAUAAUCACCAUAAUAAUCAUUUUGCACUGCAGACGUGGUAGUUCUUCUCCCUUAGCGUCUCAGUCUGAUUGCAUCUCCAUGAGGAAAUUAUAAUUUUUUUCCAUUUGGAUAUUAAUCACAGAUUUUGAACACUCAUAUCAACUGUUAUAGUUGCUGUCAGUACUGUGGGCUGAAAAUGCCUUUAAAUUCCUCUCAAUGUUGUAUCAGGACGAGCAGAGUGCAGUCACUAUGCAGAAGAAGCAUCAGAUCGUGGAGCAGUCAGUGGAGGACUACGCUGAGACUGUCCAUCAGCUGUCCAAGACCAGCAGAGGUCUCGUGGCUGAUGGGCACCCCGAGAGGUAUGCACAUUACUGGCACACUGACACACAAACUGAGACACACAAAAACACACUAGAGAUCUUUCAUUCAAAGCUAAUGAAUGUCUGAAACCAAGAUUUUAAUACUUCAACUUCCCCAGUAAUUUCUGUUUGUGUUUCAGUGAACGAAUCAGCAUGCGGCAGUCUCAGGUGGAUAAGCUUUAUGCAGGACUGAAGGACCUUUCAGAGGAGAGGCGGGGCAAACUGGAUGAGAGGCUCCGCCUCUUCCAGCUGAACAGAGAAGUAGACGACCUGGAGCAAUGGAUCGCAGAGAGGGAGGUGGUGGCCGGGUCGCAUGAGCUAGGGCAGGACUACGAGCAUGUCACUGUAAGUGCUAUUACUGAAACUACAGUAGAUACUACUAUACAAAGUACUUUACUGUACAUGGUGAUAGAUUUGCCUUUCCCUUUCCUUACAUUCUCUGGGUACCUCAGCCCAACAACCCUGAGAAUGAGGAUUAAGCCUCUGUAUUGUUUCUGUGGUCCACCUACCAUAAAAACAUUAAUUCUACAGCGUAAAUUGACUUUGUAUUUUUUUUUUUUGUAUUUUGUUUAUUUAGCACAGAUUAAAAACAGUGCAAGGAGGGAACGAAGCCGAUGGGCUUAUACAGAGUUCCACUCCCGUCAGGUCAGAGAAAACAUGAGGUGCGGACAACUAAGUACACAGACUGGAACACAGACAAAUCAGCAAACAGUGAUAAAGAAAAUAAAGUAUUUAUAAAAAGGAAAGAGAUAUGAUCAUAACAGAUAAUGAUGUAUUUAAGACAUGAUCAGAUGAGAUUUUAAUGAUAUUUUAAAGGAGUUAAAGGAUGAUAUUGAUUUUGGAGAUGCAUCAAGAUAAUUCCACAGUUUCGGACCUCUAAAAGUGAUGUUAGACUGAUGACUAGAAGUUCUACAUAAAGGUAACUGAAGAUGGCCAUUUUGUCGUGUUGAGUACGAAUGAAGGUCAGAUGAAAAGGUAAAAAAGUUUCGGAAAGUUUCAGGAAGGGCUUGUUUGUUGUUGAUGAAUUUGUGGACAUAUAAACAAGAGUGAAGGACAUUGAGUUUGUCAAUUGGUAAGAUGGAGUAUUUAGAAAAGAGAGGAGCAGAAGGUUCGUGUUUGCUGGAUCGUGAUAUCAUUCUUAUGAAUCUUUUCUGGAUUAUUAAUAUUUUCUUGAGGUAAGUUGGAUACGUUGCACACCAUACAAUGUUACAAUAGUUCAUGUACGGGAAUAGAAAGCUGUAGUACAAAGACAAAUGAGCAGAGGGAUUGAUCAGGGGACAGACCUUACUAAUUAUACCGAGGCUCUUCAUUGACCUUUUGCAUACUUGGCUGACAUGAAUGUUCCACUUUAGACCCUCAUCGACGACAACACCCAAAAAAGUGGUGUGGGGUACUUGAGGGAUUCCAGUACCAUUAAUUGAUAUUUUGGCUUUUUCUUUUGGAUAAGAUUUGUUUUUGUUGCUGAAGAUCAUGAAAUUACAUUUUUUUAUAUUAAGAGUUAGCUUAUUAGUCAGGAACCAGUUAGCAACAGAGAACAAUUCAUCAUUCACACGGGCAAUGAGAGUCUCAAAGUCAGCAUGGACAUCUAUGAAACAGGUGUCAUCAGCAAAUAACAAGGGGAGAAGGUUAUUACAGGACAUAGGUAAGUCAUUGAUAUAAAUUAAGAAUAACAGAGGACCGAAGAUUGAUCCCUGAGGGACCCCAAAGAGAAUACUGGAUUUAGUGGAUGAAGCACCAUUUAGAUGAACAAACUGUUCUCUAUUAUCUAGAUAACUGAUCAGCCAGUUGAGGGCAAUAUUCUGGAUUCCAUAUCUGUUAAGCUUUGAGAUGAGGAUUUUGUGAUCGACAGUGUCGAAAGCUUUGCUUAAAUCAAGAAAGACACCAAGGGCAAAUUUUUUCCCAUCUAGAGCAGAGGAAACAGUAUUAACAAGUUGCAGCAAUGCAUGCUCAGUUGAGUGUUUUUUGCGGAACCCGUAUUGGUGAUUAUACAAAACAUUAUUAACCGUCAAGUGGUCGGAGAUUCUCGCAUAGACUAGUUUUUCCAAGAUUUUGGAAAAACAGGGUAAAACCGAUAUUGGGCGAUAAUUGCCAAAAUCUCUUGUAUUGCCUGAUUUAAAUAUUGGAGUAACUUUGGCAAUUUUGAGAUCUCGAGGGACAAUACCAGACAGAAGGGAUAAAGAGAGAAUGUGGGUUAAAGGGUGAAUGAUGUAAUCUAUAGAUUCUUUGACAAGACUGCUUUUAAUACCAUCGUGACCCUGAGCAGAGUCCUUUAAAUUCCUAACAAUGUCAUGGACCUCUUCUAAACUGGGAGGAUCAAAACUAGAGAGUGUUGAAAAUGUGCCUUUCAUGAAACUUGUGGGAUUUACAUCUGAGUCUUUCAUGCUAGAAGCCAAAGAAGUACUGACGUUUAUAAAGAAAUCAUUAAAACUCUGCUAUGUCACUCUGGUCAUGUAGAGGCCCAUCCUUUCCCAUCAUUUCAACAGCUACAGUAGCAGUAGUUUUUUUUCGAUUAAGUAAUUGGUUGAUGAGGUUCCAGGUUGACUUAAUGUUAUUGGCAGCUUGGGUAAACUUAUCAGCAUAAUAUGUUUUUUUAACCUUCCUUAAGGAUGCAGUAAAUUUAUUUUUAUAUUUCUUAUAUUUUACAAUAUUUUCAGGAGUAGGAUUGUUAAUAGCUUUCCGAUAUAGUUUGUUUUUUUUACGAGAGUACUUUUUUAGUUCACCCGUCAUCCAGGGUUUUCCUUUGGAUGAGUUACUCUUCAUAGCGGUGACUAGCGGAAAGCUAGCUUCGAGAAUUGAUUCAAAUGUAGUUAAAAAUAGCUGGUAAGCUUCAUUAACAUCUGAUGAGUUGAGGACCUCAUUCCAGGACACUGUAUGGAUGAAAGAUUUAAAGGAUUCCAUGUUCUUUUUAUUGUAGAUGCGAGAUUUGCUUUGCAGGUAGUCAGAGUUUUUGUGUUUAUAAUUUCCUUUAGUAUGUCACUUCGCUCCUGUGGUGAUGUAACAACAGGACUUAUUUGCAUAGGCAGGCAUGCAAAACCACUCCCACUAGCACUGCCUAAGCGAUUCCUGUCCCUUCUGUUUUUGUAGUUUUACUUUGAAGCUGCAGAGUAAAGUUACACACAAAAAGCGAGAAAACAGGAAUAACACUCAAAUUCAACAGUCCCCAGAGAGGUUUUUGGUAAGUGCUCCAGGAGAACAUGGUCUGCAUCAGUUCGCACCUGUAAGACAACAUUCAGGCAGUCAAUCGGUACAGUGGCUAGUUAUCAGAACAGCCCAGCCCAUUCAGAUCACUAUGAGGUUGGAAAUCAAGAAGCUGCUGAUCUUUUAUAGAGGCUAAAUUUGCAAUGGCUUAAUGGCUGCAUUAAGAAAAAUCCUCAAAAGACAACUAAGGCAUGUUGUGAAUAGCUGAUAUCCAUGCUAACUUGAUGUUUUGACACUAUCAGGGCUGCUGCUGUAGCUACCCUUACUGCAGUUAAAAUUUUUUGAUAGUUACCUGACCUUUGACCUGUUCUCUUAGAUGUUGCAGGAGCGCUUUCGGGAGUUUGCGAGGGACACCGGGAACAUUGGUCAGGAGCGUGUAGAUGCCGUCAACCGUCUGGCCGACGAGCUGAUCAACACUGGUCACGGUGACGCUGCUACAGUGGCAGAGUGGAAGGACGGGCUGAAUGAAGCAUGGGCUGACUUGCUGGAGCUCAUCGACACCCGGACACAGAUCCUUGCCGCCUCCUUUGAGCUUCACAAAUUUUACCAUGACGCCAAGGAGAUCCUGGGACGCAUCUUGGACAAACAGAAGAAGCUGCCUGAAGAGGUGGGACGGGAUCAGAACACAGUGGAGACGCUACAGAGGAUGCACACCACCUUUGAGCACGACAUUCAGGCCCUUGGUACACAGGUCGGUCACUUCAAUCCUGGUAUACAGUGACAUGUUGAGUCAAUGUUGGAUUUAUGGGGGGGGGGAUUGAAGACAUGUUUGAUUAAUGUGGACAUGUCUGUUUUUGUUAGUAUGGGGGGAUGGGGGGGAUGGUUGGUUUAGUGACACCACAAGGACUCAUUGAAAUAAUUGUUUGUAUUAUUAUCCUCUGUGACCUUUGACCUCUGCGCUGCAGGUGAGGCAGCUGCAGGAGGAUGCUGUACGCCUACAGUCAGCAUACGCUGGUGACAAAGCUGAUGACAUCCAGCGGAGAGAGAGUGAAGUUCUCGAAGCCUGGAGGGUCCUGCUGGAGGCCUGUGACGGGCGCCGGCUCCGCCUCCUGGACACUGGAGACAAGUUCCGGUUCUUCAGCAUGGUGAGAGACCUGAUGCUGUGGAUGGAGGAUGUAAUCCGACUUAUCGAGGCCCAGGAAAAUCCCAGGUACCUCAACCCAAGCCCCACUCUAAACCUCGAGACAGCUGCUGCUGGCAGGACUGGCUCAUGAAGUCCAAUUGAUCUGUUUCAUAUUGUGUUCAAGGAUCUGUAGAACUUAAAUUAAUGUGUGUUUCAUGUGUUCAGGGAUGUGUCAUCUGUGGAGCUACUGAUGAACAACCAUCAGGGCAUCAAGGCAGAGAUCGAUGCCCGAAACGACAGCUUCACUGCUUGCAUCGAGCUGGGGAAGGCCCUUCUCGCCAGAAAACACUACGCUUCAGAGGAGGUGAGCAAGAAUCUUAACAGGCAAAAUAUUAAAAUCUUUAGAAACGGCACCUCAUUGUGAAGCUUACUGCUAAGUAACAUGCAAAGACCCAGAGUCCUAAUAUUUAGAGGUACAAUAAAGCCUAGGAAGCCUUAAACUGACUACACCAGCAACAACCACUGGUUAAACCUCUAAGAUAAGAUAAAACAAGACAGGAUAAGACAAGAAAAACUUUAUUGAGACUUUAUUAGACUACUAUUAGACUCUUAAAAUAUGUAAAAAUGGGGCCCAGGUUUAGAGCCAGGUAUUUUCCUUUUUAAAGGCUUGCGCGGAAAUCUCUGGUUUGAAUGUGUAAGUUCAAUCUGAUUUCAUGUUUCAUAUUUCUGGGAAUUGUCUGUGUGUGUUCAGAUUAAGGAGAAGUUGCUGCAGCUGACUGAUAAGAGGAAAGAGAUGAUUGACAAGUGGGAGGACCGGUGGGAGUGGCUAAGACUCAGUAAGUCUCACACACACACACAUCAUGCUAUACUGUAUUGUAUGAUUUGUUUUGUGAUUGUGUGAUGUUUUUUGCCUGGACCCCUGGAAGAAUAGUAUCCACUGUAGUGUAGACUAAUGGGGAUCCUUAAUAAACUAAACUAAACUAAACUAAACACAUACACACAGUCUGUUACUGUUCUGUAUAAAAAGUCACAGCAGUUUGAUCAAAGCGGAAGUGAUGAGUUGGUGGCAAUGUCAAGUCCUCUGGCUCUCUCUGCUCUAGGUUUCCCUGUACAGAGUUACAAAAGGUACAGAAAUAUGACACUGUUAAAAAAUAAGGCAAAAAAGUAAAUAUCAGGUGGACUAAAUGUGAGCCUGUUUGUACCAAUUUGGUGACUCAACAAGUAUUUUAAGCCCCUCAAAAACCUACGUCCUGUUUAGAGGUAGACGUGUUGCCACUUAAUGAAGACUUAUAAAAUUAAAUGGAAAUCCAAAAUAUGCAUCAUGUGACUUUAUUUUGUGCCUAACACAUCUUUCUCAAACACAAAAAUGUGAUGACAGUGUGUGAACACAUGGUGGUAGUGGUUGUCCAGCAGCAAAAUUAGCUUUAAAUUAUCUGUUACUUUAAAAAGUAAAAGCACAGGGGCAUGCAAAUGGCAGAGCAGGUUAGCACGCCCCCUCUCUUUCUGUCACCCUACAUUUCACCCUGUUCUGUCAAUAAAGGCUAAAAGCGCCCAAAAAAAUACUUGAAAAGAAAGAAAAAGUAAAAGCACAAAUAUAAUCUGAGAUUAAAAAAAUCCUGCAGUUAAAAGAGCUCUGAAAGCUCACAUGGUUCAUUAAACAUGAUUUAUUCUGCUCUGCUGCUGCUUUGCUUAAGAAUAAGAAGAACUUUAUUGAUCCCUGAAGGGAAAUUCAACCCCGUCAAUCGAACACUGUCUCUAGACUAACUUGUCUCCGAUUGGCACUGCUCCCCUGUCUCCCCUAUCCAGUCCUAGAGGUGCACCAGUUCUCGAGGGACGCCGGUGUGGCAGAGGCAUGGCUGCUGGGUCAGGAGCCGUACCUGUCCAGCAGGGAGAUGGGUCAGAGUGUGGAUGAGGUGGAGAAGCUCAUUAAACGCCACGAAGCCUUUGAGAAGUCUGCUGCCACCUGGGAGGAGCGCUUCUCUGCUUUAGAGAGGCUGACUACGGUGAGCUAGGAGGGACAGAAAAGUUUUUGUCUGGGCUAUUUGGAAGACUGUGGAGUAGAGGAGGGCAUUUUGGAGAUGGUGAUGAUAAAGCCUCUCUUUCUGUCUCCAGUUGGAGCUGCUGGAGGUGAGAAGGCAGCAGGAGGAAGAGGAGAGGAUGAGGAAGCCACCAACUCCAGAACCGCCUGUUGUCCAGCAGGAGGAGCCUCAACAACAGAGGUCAGAAGUCAUCCUUCACUUUAACACCGUCAGUUAUCCUCAGUGUCCCUAACAGUGUUUUUUCUCUCUGCAGCGGUGUGAUCACUCAGAACGGACUUCCCUCAGACCAGGACUCUCCUCGGGUCAGUAUUCUCAACACAUCUGGUGUUAAUCAACAGACAUAAAAUCAGAGUCCAGCAUUGAAAGCAGUCUCCUGUUAUUUCUACUCAAACUGAAUAUUUAAAUCUGCAGCUCAACAUGCACAAGGCUCAUGCUCUUAUAUGGGCAUUAAAGGGGUAUGCCCCCAUUCUAGGUAAGAACAGUGAGCAGGGAACCUCAAAUGUCUGUGGACAUGCCAUUCAUCAGUUUAAGAACACAGUUGUCGACUAUCCAGCAGUUUAAAACUUGGUUCAUGAAUUUGUCAUCACUCAGUGUUUAAACUUCUGUGCUCACCCCUCUCAGGAUGGCGUGGAUGGUGGCGAGCUUGUGAAUGGCGUUGCUGAACGUAGCUCAAAGGAGCCAAGUCCUGGCGCGUCCCCGACCUCCGGCAGGAAGAGCAAAACCAGCCAGUCGUCCACGCUGCCCUCCAAGAAUCAGGACUUGUCCUCCCAGCUGGAGGGGCUCCUCUACCGCAAACAUGAGUGGGAAGGGCAUAACAAGAAGGCCUCUAACAGGUAACAAAGAUCCUUUGCUGCAGUAGACCUCUCACUCUGCAGGUUUUACUCUGUCUUUCUAUGAGGAUGUUUUAUUCUUUUUCAGACUGAUCCUUUUAUCAUUCUUAACCAGUUGAUUUGUUUACUACUCAAGUAAACACCAGGUAUAGAACUUAAAUAGAAUUAUCUCUGCCUGUGUUUGGUUCAUGUGUUUUAUUUAUUAGCUGCUCCUUACAGGGGUAUGAAUAAAGUUAUUUGGUUUGACUUGAAUGUGACUGUACGGCACUUUAAUUGCUAGGUCAUGGCACAAUGUGUACUGCGUUAUCAACAACCAAGAGAUGGGUUUCUACAAAGACAGCAAGGCAGCCAAUCAAGGUGUUCCAUACCACAACGAGGUCCCCAUCAGCCUGAAGGAGGCAACAUGUGACGUGGCCUCAGAGUACAAGAAGAAGAAGCAUGUCUUUAAACUCAGGUGAGCCUCAGGUUUACUGUAGUGAACUGAGGUGUGGUUUAAGAGGAGAUACAGAGAUUACUAACAAACAUAAGUAUACUUGACCGUCUUUGGUUUUCUCCUCUUUUUCAGACUCACUGAUGGAAACGAGUAUCUGUUCCAAGCCAAAGAUGAAGUAAGUCUGACACUGUCUGUAGUUUAGACAAAACAUCUCUGUCUGGGAAAUUUAAGGGUUCUCUGCAGUAUGGAAAAAUAAUUUUAUAAGAUUGUACUAGGGUUGGGCGGUAUCCAAAUUUUGAUACUGUCAUACCAUCUCCACAUUUUACCACGGUAACCGUCACUAAUUAAAAACCAUGACAUAAGGCUCAGACAGCGUCACCAAACUCUAGGCUUGUGCCUACACUGUUCAGAAACUGAAUACCUAAUGCUAAUUAUGAAAAAAUAACAUCAUAAUGUGCACCAUAUUAACAAUUUUUAUUUGAACCAGCUUAAAAAGUGCACAACUGUCAAACAAUUAAAUUAAUAUAAUCAUCCAGAACAAUUUUUGCGCAGAAUGCAUUUUUUCCACAGUGUGGAAGGAGACCAUUUCCUUCGUCAAGUAUUUUGUCACUGCAUCGGUGCAGGUUUUCCCAUGGAUACAAUCCCUUUUGUACUUCGUUAUUUUCCCAAAGGCCCCCGUUUUUGUUGGCUGUGUAUUAGUGGUGGUGGACUUAGUUGUUGUUGGACCUGCAUCAGUAUCAGCGGGAGGCGUUGAAACUACUACACUGAGUGAACUCACAGCAGUGAGCAGAUGGUUGAUUAGGAGAUGCGUCCUUAUGUUAAAAGUGUUUCCAUCCCUCGCGGUCACCGUUUAUUGACUAAUAUUUACUAAUAUUUAUUACUAUAUUUAAAAAAAAAAAUAAUAAAAAAUUUUUGCUUGAUCUGUCUUACUUCACUCUCUUACUCAACUCUCCUUUUCUCCCUCACCCCUGUUAAAGUUGCGAUUUAGGUGGUAUCAUUCAAGAUUACCGUAAUAUAUACCAUACAUAAUAUAUUGACAGAAAGCAACAAUCAGCCGUCUCUCAGCGUUGGAAUUUUUCAGAUUGAGCAAACUUUCAAAGAGUUACGGUAUUGAGAAGCUGUGUAGUGCUCUGCCACUACUUCCUGUGUUUUGCAACGACUGCUUACCUCAUAUGGAUACUACUACCAUAGUAAAUCCUAUAUAGGGGCAUGCCCACAACUCUCAGCUUUCCAACACUGUUGAAAUUUUUCUGAUCAGACAAACUUUGACGGAGUUACGGUAAUAACACUCCUGGCAUACAAAACAUAGCACCAGCGCUAUGAUGGUAUUGAAACUAAUACCGUUGCUUCUGAAAGACACCACCGGUAUACCUUAACACCAUAUUACCACCCAACCCUAGAUUGCACUAAGGCUGUGAUGUCAAAAUUUGGAAAAGAUACUAGAAUGACUGAUCUGUUGGGUUUACUCUUUUGGCACCUUUCUGUCUGAGUGCCAAAGGUGCAGAUUUAAUGGUAUAGAAUAUACCACAUGUAUACAGAAUAUAUACAUUAUAUUACAUUGUUUAGUACAUCAAUGUCAUUAUCAAUCACUUGCACUCUGUCACAGAAGAAAUGUAGCCUGGGUCUGUGGUCUGGUUUUUGGAGAUUGUCUCAGAUGUGUCUUUGAGACUUAGGUUAAGACAUGAAUGUUUGUUCUGAUGGGCAGUAAUGGAGACAGUUCCACAAAUAAAUCAACAGUUCGGCCUCUUCUGUUUAAUAUUGCCAAUGGAUAAAGCUGGAGGUAUUGGUGACUCUCUAGUGAUGUUAUCUGUGUGCACUGAAGGUCAAAACUAGAAUGUUAGUUUAAAAGAUUGAUAUGAUCCUGUGUCCUGGGACCAGAUAAGGACCCUUUACUGUGGAAUGUGUGAGUGUCCCACAGGGUUGUCUUUUCUACAUAGAUGUGUCGGUCAUGACAGCAGUCUGAAGGGUCUAAUCUGUGAACAUGCGUGCCAAAAUUGAGCUUUAAGGAAAGGACUUCCUCUAAACAAUAGCCAAAAAAGUCAACUGCUGGGUUUAUAAAAGUGCACUUGAUGCUCUUAAAAACUGAUGCAAGUGAUUCAGAAUAGUUAAGGUUCAAAUUAAAGCUGAAAGCAGCACUAAGCAGGCCCUCAUAUCUUCACACAUCAGGGUGUGAUCAUAGACUGUAUAUAGAAUGGAUGCCGUCUGCCUCCUUGCUGGAUGAAGCCACUCCAAGAACAGCUCCCUCUGGUGACAGGCUGCAAUAUACAGGGCUGUCUCAGAAAAUUAGAAUAUUGUGAUAAAGUUCUUUAUUUUCUGUAAUGCAAUUAAAAAAACAAAAAUGUCAUACAUUCUGGAUUCAUUACACAUCAACUGAAAUAUUGCAAGCCUUUUAUUAUUUUAAUAUUGCUGAUUAUGGCAUACAGCUUAAGAAAACUCAAAAACCCAACUCAAAAAAUUAGAAUAUUUCCUCAGACCAAGUAAAAAAAAAGAUUUAGAACAGCAAAACAAAAUCAAACAUUUAAAAAUGUCAAUUAAUGCACUCAGUACUUGGUUGGGAAUCCUUUUGCGCGGAUUACUGCAUCAAUGUGGCGUGGCAUGGAGGCAAUCAGACUGUGGCAUUGCUGAGGUGUUAUGGAUGCCCAGGAUGCUUCAAUAGCGGCCUUUAGCUUAUUUGCAUUGUUGGUCGUCUGGUGUCUUUCAGCUUCUUCUUCACAAUACUCCACAAAUUCUCUAUGGGGUUCAGGUCAGGGAAGUUGGCAGGCCAAUCAAGGACAGUAAUGCCAUGGUCAGUACACCAGUUACUGGUGGUUUUGGCACUGUGGGCAGGUGCCAGAUCAUGCUGGAAAGUGAAAUCAUCAUCUCCAUAGAGCUUUUCAGCAGACGGAAGCAUAUAGUACUCUAAAAUCUCUUGGUACACAGCUGCAUUAACUCUGGACUUCAUGAAACACAGUGGAUCAACACCAGCAGCUGACAUGGCUCCCCAAACCAUUGCUGACUGUGGGAACUUCACACUGGAUUUCAAGCAACUUGGAUUUUGCUCCUCCCCAGCCUUCCUCCAGACUCUGGCAACUUGACUUCCAAAUGAAAUACAAAACUUGCUUUCGUCUGAAAAGAGGACUUUGGACCACUCUGCAACUGUCCAGUGCUUCUUUUCCAUAGCCCAAGUCAGACGCUUCUUCCAUUGUCUUGAGUUCAGGAGUGGCUUGACCAUGGGAAUACGGCUAUUGUAGCCCAUUUCCUGGACACGUCUGUGAACAGUGGCUUUUGAUACCUGGACUCCAGCUUCAGUCCACUGUCUUUGAAGCUCCCCCAAAUUCUGGAAGCUGCUCUUCUUCACAAUGCUGUUAAGGCUGCGGUCCUCUCUCUUGGUUGUGCAGCGUUUCCUGCCACAUUUCCCCCUUCCAACAGACUUUUUGUGAAUAUGCUUUGAAACUGCAUUCUGUGAACAGCCUGCUCUUUUAGAAAUUUCUUUUUGUGUCUUACCCUCCUGAUGGAGGGUGUCAAUGAUGGUCUUCUGGACAGCAGUCAGGUCAGCAGUCUUCCCCAUACUUGUGAUUUAGUUUACUGAACCAAGCUGAGUGUUUUUAAAGGCUCAGGGAAACCCUUGCAGGUGUUUCAAGUUAAUUAGACAAUUUAAGUGAUUAGUUAAAUAGCCUACUAGUAUACUUUUUCAUGAUAUUCUAAUAUUUUGAGAUAGGAUAUUUGAGUUUUCUUAAGCUGUAUGCCAUAAUCUGCAAUAUUAAAAGAAUAGAAGGCUUGCAAUAUUUCUGUUGAUGUGUCAUGAAUCUAGAAUGUAUGACAUUUUCAUGUUUUUAGUUGCAUUGCAGAAAAUAAAAGGACUUUAUCACAUUAUUCUAAUUUUCUGAGAUAGCCCUGUACUAUCCCGCCUCCGCCAGCAAAGCUUAUGGGGCUGUUGACAAACUUUAUAAAUUUAUUAUACAGAACAUAAAUUUUUCUCCCCUCUGCUUGUGAUUUUGACAUGUAGUUAUUGUAAGACUGGUUUGUGCUCAAGUCCUCUUUUUUCUGUACAGCUCCAUUUUGAAAAGUUAUUAGGGGGUUCAUGUUUUCUAUGAUUGACACUUGAUACAGCCUAUGGGCGUAUGAAGUUUACCUAGCUCACCCAGGGAUACGCUGUUUGACCCAAGCAUCAUCACAGCAACUCUCGGCGACUCUCUCGCCAAAUGCGUACAAUGCUACUGUGCAAGUGGUGGAGUGCGUACAAUGCUACUGCACGAUGUUGGUUUCAGGAGGUGGAGAAAAAACACAGAAUUACUGAGAGCUUUUUGGCUUCAAAUCCGUAUACCAGCAGAAGGCGGAACCAAGUUAUCCAUAGUAUAUACAGUCUACGGGUGUGAUACAUAUCGGGGCUGGUGAAUGUUGCUGUGGAGCAGUCACAGAGUUUGUUGCUGCUGUGAGGUUUUCAUCAGAAAAGCAACCCAAAUGGUGCUAAAGUUUUAUGUUUUGAACUCAGCAUCAAGUGUGAGCACACCAGGCCAAAGCUCAUAAACACUUGUUAAGCCAUGAUUAAGUAUUUGUGGGUCUGCCAUGUCUCAAACUGUUAAUACUGCUUGAAUAGGAGAGGAUUUAGGCGAGGAGGGAAACCAGCAGAGCAACAUGUGAGGACACAAGAGCAGCCGUCAUGGACAAACUGACAAACUAGACCCCGAUGCUAAUUGUUAAAAUGGACAUGUUAAAUUUGAACUGUGACUGUGUGUUCUUGCCCCUUGCAGGAGGAGAUGAGCACCUGGAUCCAGGCUAUCCUGAACGCCAGCACAGACUGCUCCAAUGUUCAGGGCAGCCACCCCGGCACGCCAGUGUCCGGGCGUGCUCAGACACUGCCGGCCACUGUCACUCUGACCACAGAGUCAAGUCCAGGAAAGAGAGAGAAGGACAAAGAAAAGGAGAAGGAGAAACGCUUCAGUCUGUUCAAGAAGAAACAGUAG